AUGCCUUCCGCUGGGCUCACCAUUCGCGACGUCACGCCCACCAUCACCACCUUCUCCACGCCGUUCAACCGCUUCGCGCCCUUCGGCUACCGCAAAUUUGUCGCAGUGGGCAAUCGCGCAACAGCUAUCCGAUUACACGACAACCGAGUCCUUCUCCUCAACCCCAUCCAGCUCGAACAAGCGGUGCGCGACAAGCUGGAUAAGGUUGGAGGCGUUGAUCUCGUGGCGUGUGAUCUUGGGCAUCACAUGUAUGUGAGAGACUAUAUCGAUGCUUGGCCAGAAGCAAAGACAAUCGGCGUUCCGGGUCUGGAAAGCAAGAGAAAAGACGUGGAAUGGGACUACAUCUACGAGGACUGGCGGACAAGUCCAGAAGACCAGUUCGACUUCGCGCAGGACAUCGAGACCGUACUGUUUGAGGGCUUCAUCACAUACUGUGUCGCUUGGUAUCACAAGCCGACGAAGACACUGAUACAGUCCGAUCUGAUGAUGAACCUACCAUGCACCGAGGUAUGUCGCGCAAUCACCGGACGCGUACGCGACAUCGGACGCUGA